UGAAAAGCCUAUUGAUUCAUGACAAUAAUUUAACUGGAAACUUGCCAGAGCAGCUUCCAAAAAAUCUUACUCUGUUGUCACUAUAUAGAAAUAAUAUAACAGGAAUUAUACCUUCACUUCUUGCCAACAUAACCUACUUGAGAGACCUUGAUUUGUCAUCCAAUCUCCUUACAGGCCGCAUCCCAUCCUCUCUCAGAAGCCUGGGUAAUUUGCAAAGAUUAUUGUUGGAUAACGACAAGCUAGAAGGAAGCAUACCCAGUGAGAUUGGUGAAAUAAAAAGCCUUGGGAAGCUAUCAGUGAGCCAUAAUAUGCUUUCUGGAGAGAUCCCUGAUACAAUUGGUGGCCUUCAACAGUUAACGCAUCUUGUGCUUAACCACAACAAUCUAUCCAGGAAUAUACCUGCAAGUUUGGGAAAAUGUUACAAAUUGCAAUUGCUGGAUCUCUCCAACAAUCAGUUCAGUGGACUCAUACCCAAUGAAGUGGCUAGUCUUGCUAAUCUACAGAUUUAUUUCAAUUUAUCCAGAAACUUCUUGGAGGGAUCUCUGCCCAUGGAGAUUGGAAAGAUGAUUCAUGUUCAAGCUAUUGAUGUUUCAGUUAACAGGUUAGAAGGGACAAUUCCAGCUACUCUGGAAAGUUGUGAGCAACUUGAAUAUCUGAAUUUAUCUUCCAAUGAAUUGCAAGGGACAAUACCCAAUUCUCUCAGUGGAUUAAAAAGUCUUGUAAGCAUGGACCUGUCUUUCAACAAUCUUUCAGGUUUGAUCCCUGUGUCUCUUAGGUCGCUGAAUAUGCUUCAAUAUUUGAAUUUGUCUUUCAAUAACUUCAGUGGAGAAAUCAGAGAAGAGGGCAUCUUUAAAAAUUUGACAGCUGCAUCAUUUAUGGGAAAUACGUUUCUCUGUGGAGAAUGGAUCGAGUUACCUUCAUGCUCUGUUCUCAAUACUCAGCCAAAAGACCACACCAACAGAACUAAAAUAUUAGCAGCAGUGGGUGGAACCAUUGGCUUCCUGUUUGUUUGUUUAUUGAUCUUGGGCCUAAUUUACAGGAGGCGCAAGGUCAACUCCGAUGCUCACAGUGACAUUUUGCCCCUGAAACUCAUGGAUGACAAGGGGAUUUCCUAUCAAGAAAUCGUUAAAGCCACUGAUGGGUUCAACGAGAAAAACAUGUUAGGGACUGGCAGCUUUGGCUCAGUGUACAAAGGCAUUAUGGAUGAUGGUAAAAUUGCUGCUUUCAAACUUCUAAAUUUGCAAAAUGAGGAAGCCAAGAAGAGCUUCAGCAAGGAAUGCAAAGUGUUGGCAGAAGUCAGGCACAGGAACCUGGUCAAAAUCAUAUCCUUCUGUUUAGAAUUUGGACACAAAGUAUUGGUUUUAGAUUUCAUGUCCAACGGGAAUCUGGACACACUACUGCAUUCCAAGGAUAACUCAUUGACCUUCAGGGAGAUAUUGAACAUAGCAAUCGAUGUUAUCCAUGGAUUAGAAUAUCUGCAUCAUGACUGUUUUCUGCAAGUUGUACAUUGUGAUAUAAAACCAAGCAACAUUCUUCUGGAUGAUUAUAUGACAGCACAUGUAGCAGAUUUUGGGAUUGCCCAAAUAAUUUGUGGGUCAGAUACAAGUACCACUGAGUCAGGAAAUACUUCCACUCUAGUUCUCAAAGGAUCGAUGGGCUACAUUGCACCAGAGUAUGGAUUUGGUGGGAAGGUAUCCACGAGAGGCGAUAUUUACAGUUAUGGUAUUAUGCUGUUGGAAAUGGUAACUCGAAAGAGUCCAACUGACCAUAUGUUUGUGGGAGGAUUGAACCUCCAGAAGUGGGUAAACAUGCAUUUUGAUAACAAAAUGGACGAGAUUGUUGACACGAGCAUGAUGAAGGAAAUAGGAGAAUAUGGAGUAAAUCAGUGUCUGAUUCCAUUCCUACUUGUUGGUCUGGAGUGUUCAAAUGAGUCCCCCAGUGAAAGACCCUCAGCCAGAGACGUGGUAGGAGUACUGAAAACUAUUAGGACGACUCUCCUUGAAGAUCAUGAAAAUUUGUAAAGCGUGGACUGCAUGUUGUAUUUAUAUGCUUUGGUUCCAAUGUUUCUUACUACAAUAACUGUUUUGUUGAAAGUCAGAUCACUGUAGUUGUUUUUCAGGAUUUUAUGUUACAGUUAUUUUAGAAUUAAAUCAUUAGAAACCAUGAAAGAAAUUUAGAUAACAGAUAUCACUGACCGUUGAGUCAUAAUUCAAGUGUACAAUGUAGAGAGCGUAAACGAAAUUUUGGCUUCUAUAGGCCUCGUUGUCACAUGCUACAGCCUGGUGUUAGCUUUCUGUUCUUGGCAGCUUGUUGCUGCCCCUUCUUU